UUUCUAAAACAUUGAGUUAUCGAUUUUAUUGAUAUCGUCUCCGUUUUAGAAAUUAGUACUUACACAUAUAUGUAAGUGAAUGUUAUAUAUGUGUAGAAACAAAAAAAAAUUCCGUGUUAUAAACGUCAAAUAGAAAAUCGACAUACAAAAUACAGAUGGGAAACUUUGUGAGCAGGCAAAACGCAGCUGUCGAGGAAGCAGACUACACCACUAAUCAUGCCUACAAAUAUCCGCCUCGAGCAGGAAACUUCUUUGGCACUCACUUUAUCAUGGGCGGUGAACGCUUUGACACGCCUCAGCCCGAGUCGUAUUUGUUUGGCGAAAAUGCAGACCUCAACUUCCUUGGCAAUCGUCCCACAGCUUUUCCCUAUCCUCCACCACAGGCCAAUGAACCAACCAAAACUCUAAAGAGUCUUGUCAACAUACGGAAGGAAUCUGUUCGCUUUGUGCGAGUGCCAAAUAAUAAGAAACAAAAUUCUACUGAAGGAGACUGUAUUGAUACUUUGCAGCAAAACGAUAAGAAAACUGAGAUAAAUGAAAGUAUCCAGACGGUAGUUGAUGGCAAUGUGCUAUGCAAUGUAGCAGACAAAGAAAUGGGGCCUCCAAACUCUUGUUAUAACAUUGAGUUUACCUUUGACUCUGAUGCAAAGUGUGCCAUUACUGUGUACUACUUUUGCACAGAAAAUGUCAGUCCUAGCGGCGUCACACUGACUCAACGUGAGGGUCUGACAUUUUCGUCAGAUACGUACCAUUAUGAGAAAGGGAUAAAUCAAUGCUUUUCACAGCCCAGCCACGUAUUCAAUCCGCAGUUAAUACACGAGGAUGAUCUCGUGUACAACGCUGGUCGCGACCAGUACCCUGUAGCUAUACACUGCGUUAUAGAGGAAGGCAACGAAGAAUGUCGUCAGUCGCAUACAACCAUUUGUGUGAUUGACCAUCAUCCAGAGACAAGGACAUUUGUGCUCCGUGCUCUCAAACAAAAGAUAUUUGUGGACGGUCUAUGCUACCUAUUACAGGAGAUUUACGGUAUUGAAAAUAAGGCGGUAAACAAGUCGUCUCAAGAUGAAGAGAUUGACGACCAUGGCAGUGAGUGUGUCAUCUGCAUGAGCGAAUCUCGUGACACACUCAUUUUGCCCUGCCGUCAUCUGUGUCUAUGCAAUUCGUGUGCCGACUCUCUGCGAUACCAGGCUAACAAUUGCCCCAUUUGCCGUGCACCAUUCCGGGCUCUGCUGCAAAUACGAGCGGUACAAAAAGGAAUCAGUACACACAUGCUACAUCAGAAUACACCAACCUCAGUGGCUGGCGAGUCCGCGCCUAUUGAUAUUCCAUCGGGAUACAUCCCUGUCUCACUUAUUGAGGCGCUUAAUGGACCGCCACAAUAUGUGGCACGCGCCAGAAACAUUGAUCAGGAUAACACGGAAAAUGUCACGGUGGCCGCUUCAACGAUGACAUGUGACGACAUUAGGACGACAUCGCCGGUUAAAUCUAGUAGCCGCCGGCCUAAGAUAAAGAAAAAUGCCUCGACUUGCACUGCCACAAAUGAGGUGGGCACCCUUACAAAUAAAUCUAACGGUGCCUCUACUGCUUCCGUUCUCCAAGUUGAAAGCGAUCCCAACAAAUCCACUAUCACCUUCAACUCGUCAACGUCUACGCCCACACUUACUUGCUCCCCAAAAAAACAGGAGAUGCAUUUAAUAAAUGAGCGUCAUAAUGGUCUUAAAUACCAAAAGCACAACGUUGGCGUCGACGAUGAAGACAGCGAGAAUGAAAAAUUGUCGCCAUUGCUGUCGCCGGGUAGCAAAAGCAAAAAGCAAGUAGUGGCCAGUUUGGGCAUUCGAAACGAUGACGUCAUGGACUCAGACCGUCAGAACAAUGAUGUGGUUGUCAGCGGUGGUGGUGAGAAAGAAGUUUCCGUUCACGAUGCUGUGUCUGUCUCUAAAAAAAGGGACUCAAUCAAGCGAGUUAAGCAUAGGCCCGAUCUUGACCAGAGGAAGACACCCGUCAUAGAGCCAGGAUUUUUGGCGACUAAUUUGAGUGCUGAAGAUUCAGAUUACUAUACACCCGAGGACACACAAAAUACCAUACUAAGUCCGUUGUGUCAGGCCGAGCGCGCCAAGAGUGGUGAUUCCUUCGGCAGCAGCCGCUGUGGUGUUGAAAGUCGCAAUCACAACGAUACAAACAUGCCUAACGCAAUUGGAGUAGGCUAUAGCAGCGCUGUGAAAAAGAAUCUGAAUCUGCACAAUAAAUCCACUUCUGUGGGUAAUAUUGUAGGACCCGGAGCUGCAACCACUACUAGCAGCGGUGUUGUUGACUUAAAGAUCAAUAAUGUCAGUUCACUUCCGGAUAUGCUGGACAGCCCAGUUAGCGGGAAUUCGUCAUCUACUCGAAGCUCCAGUGAUAGCUACUCAUCCAGCUCAUCGACCAAACAAUUGCUCAGCUCUAACCCAUCCACAACGGCAGCCAACAUCAUAGUAGAUGACAAGACUGCAAUACAAAAUGCAGUCAACGUUUAAGAAUGAAUCAUAUGUACGAUAAAAAAAUCCAUGCUUGACAAGUGUAUUAUUUAUAUACACGAAAAUACAAUUAGUCAAGUAAUUGCUUUGACAAAAUAAAAAGUGCACAUAUUUUGUUCUGCAA